AUGAAGACCGUGUGUCGUAUUUGUAAUCUUAAUCGAGGAUUCAUGAUAAACAUAUUCGAUGGGACGUCAAAAGAUGUUGUUUCAAUUGUGGAUGUGGUGUCCAAUUAUACUGGCUUAGAAAUUAAACGAGGAGAUUUAUUUUCUGAAACCAUUUGCGGUCUGUGUCUGGAGGAUGCGCGGAAUUCAUAUGGAAUACAAUUUGGCAGCAAGGAAAAUGACCCGCUCUAUAUUAAGGAACAAGUCUUUGAAAUCAAAGAAUUGCACGUAAAGGAAGAGCUUUUUGAAGAGGAUCUAACGGAGGAAGUCCAUGUAAUUUCAGCCUACCAAGUGAAAAAUAAGGUUCUCGAGAACGAUUUACUAGAGGAGGAAGUGCGCGAAAUACCAAACGAUUUACUAGAGGAGGAAGUGCGCGAAAUACCAAACUGCGAGAGGGAAGGAUCAAAUAGUAAAGAGAUAACUAAUUUCCCAGUAAAAAAAGAAAUAUUCGAAUGGGAGGAAUCGAAUAUAGACAGGACCCAACUGUUCCGUGUUCAAAUAAAGAACGAGCCAAUUGAAGAUGAGCUUUCUGAAAAAGAAUCGUCUAGUGAUAAUGAUCUACCAAGCUGCCAAGUAAAAAACGAACCAAUUGAAGAUAUCCCAUUCGAGGAAGAAGUCUUUGCGAAUACAGAGGAACAGCCAAGUGUCCCAAAGUCUUGUUUGUCUAAAUCAGAUUUUCAGAAGAGCACAAGAAAUAACAAAAAACUUUUCAAAUGCGGUCUUUGCGCGGUGUUUUUUUCAACACAAACUGCUCUGGAGUCACACGCCCGGACUCAUGAGGAUCGACCGAACAGCUGUUGUCAUUGCCCCAAGUAUUUUCCGGAGGAGUCCCUACUGAAGGAGCACAUUCUGACCCACAGGCGACCGCACAAGUGCUGCCACUGCCCGAAGUCCUUUCUAUCGGCCUAUGAUCUCAAGCGACACACGAGGAUCCACACCGGCGAACGACCGUAUAGCUGUGACCAGUGUCCGAAAUCAUUUUCGGAUAAGACUUCUUUAACAUCGCACAUAAGGACUCACAAGGGAGAGCGGCCCUACAAGUGCUCCGAAUGCCCCAUGUCCUUUACGCAGCAAUGCAAUCUUCAGAGACACAUACGCUGCCACACGGGAGAAAGACCCUUUAAGUGUCUAUACUGCUCCAAGACCUUUACGCAACAGUCGAAUCUGGGCUUGCACAUGCGGGCUCACUCUGGAGAACGGUUCGAUUGCUCCCUCUGCUCCAAGUCCUUUGCCUAUAAUAACGAUCUGAAACGACACAUACGAAUUCAUACUGAGGAAAGACUCCAGUGUUCCCUAUGUCCAAAGUUGUUUGCAACCAAGUGGAGUCUUAAGAAACACUUUCAUUCCCACAGUGAAGAAGUUCUUUCCACAUAAGAAUGACUGCACUUAUGUAAAAAUAAUUGUAUAACAAGUUAUUACUAGAAAAAUAACAUUUGAAGAAAUAGAAAUUGUUAU